GUGUCGUUUGAGCAACUAAUUAGCCGGUUACUGCUAGACCAAGGAGACUUUUUCAUUAAUCCGUGUUAAAAACGACGAGCUACGGAGUUUUCCAUUUGCAUGGUCAAAGAGCUGGUUUUGUAUUUAUGAUAUAGUUAUUUAGCUGGCGAGAUGUGGCUGGGAAACACAGUAACAUGGUGUAUCGCUGUCUUUCUUACGACGCCCCUACUCACUGAAUGUUAUCCUCGCAUGUCCCCUCGUGCAUUCCAGCAACUAGGGUCUUUGGCAAGCCAGCAGCUGUUGAGCGGUCAGUUUCAAGCCGCGAUUCCGCAAAGUCCGCCUAAAAUAAACGACCCCGUUCCACAAAGGCGUCAGAAGACGGUGUCCGUGUACUGCCAUGAAGAGGCGAUAGAGGUCGUGAUGAACGCGGACCUGUUCGCGUCGGGUAUUCCAGUCUAUGCUGAGGAGCUGCGGCUGGGUUCCGAAUCACUGCUCAACAAAGUGUCUGCUGCAUCAUGUGGAGCCGUGCAAACCGGAGAAUCUGAGUUAACCAUAUUUGCUUAUUUCAGGGAUUGUGGAACCAAACUAUCUGUGACUGGGGACUCACUAGUAUAUUCAAAUGUCAUUGUGUAUUCUCCUCUACCAACUCCUGAUGGUGUAAUUCACCAAGAAGGUGCAGUCAUACCUGUUCAGUGCCAAUACCGGAGGUGGUAUAACGUAGACAGUGCGGCAGUGGCACCAACUUGGAUUCCAUUUAUUUCUACUGCUUCUGCCACAGAUUAUCUGGACUUUAGCCUCCGGCUGAUGAAUGAUGAUUGGGAGUAUGAGCGGGGCUCAAACAUCUAUUUCCUUGGAGAUGCGAUACACCUUCAAGCAUCGGUUACCUUGUUUAAUCACUUCCCCCUCCUCCUGUUUAUUGACUGGUGUGUGGCUACACCGACUUAUGGCGUGGUUGCUAGUGACAUCAAAUAUUCCUUUGUGGAUUAUGGCGGAUGUCUUGUAGACAGUAAGAGUUUGUACUCUCACUCCAAGUUCUUGCCGAGGAGCCAAGGCAACAAAUUAAACCUGCUAUUGGACGCCUUCAGAUUCUACAAGUUGACCAGCAAUUUGGUAUUCAUCACAUGUUCCCUAAAGGCUAUCCCUGCUGCAUAUUCUGUGAGCUCUCAGAAUCGAGCGUGUUCUUUUAUUGAUGGAAGGUGGCAGUCUGUUGAUGGAAAUGAUGAGGUGUGUAACACCUGUGAGCCAUCCAGACAAGCUGCGGCAGAGAAGGAACCAAUCCAGCCUUUGCGCAUCACACUAGCCCCUCCCGUCAAGCAGUCUGUCUUGGCCCCAAAACCAGGACCUGCUGAUUUCUUUCGAGUGAGACCUGGUCAGUCAUUAGAACCCUUUAAAACUCUCAUACAUUCACGGCAAUAUGCCUAUGGCAGUAUGUCGAAGAGAGGAACUGACUCGAGCAAAGACUGGAGUAAGGUUGCCACAUUGGGUCCUUUGUUUUUGAUCCCAAAGCAAGAAACCACCACCCGAUCAACUGGGUACCCACAGUCCGGCCCAGCUGAGGUCUUCUCGGCAUUCGUUGAUGAGGAGCCAGAGCUAUUGUUCAACUCCACUCGAGAGAGUCCCAUGACAGAUGAGCUGGAUUUCAAAACGGAUCAUGAGACCAAAAACGGUCCCUUAGUGAAGGACCUGUUCCUUAAUGCUUCCGAUCUUUUCAGUUCAGAAGAGGGGAGUGGGUUUGAAGAAUGAAAUGCCCCUCUCAAAAAAGGAAAAAUGGAAACUGACAAUGUGACCUUUUCUAAAAAUAAAAGUUUUAGAACA